AUGGUGUCGGAUCCCGCUGCUCCUAACGAGCACAGUUCAGACGGGAAACAAUGUGCGAGAGAGCAACAGUUCGAGACGGUCGACCCAGAAAACGGCAAUAUAGUCUACGAUGAUGCUGAACACGAGCCCGAGCUCCACUACAAGACAUACAUCGCCCUCGGAGCAAUGUUCCUCCUGAAUCUGGUCAACACAUUUUCCAUUUUCUCGAUCCCCGUGGCACUCACAGCCAUCGGGAUCAGUCUCAAAAACCCUGCAGCCGAGACAUGGGUUCCCAAUGCCCUCAACCUCGUACAAGCGGUCCUAUGCCCGCUUCUGUCAUCCGCCUCGGACGUCUUUCAAGUCCGUAAGCCGUUGCUGGUCGGUUCUCUUGUCAUUGCUGUGGUUGGAGCUGCGAUUGCACCUGGUUCCCAGACCAUUUACAGACUUAUUGCUGCCCAAGUUCUGAUCGGGGUCGGCUUUACAUCCGUGGCCUUGGGUUACUCCAUCCCUAGCGAAGUCCUGCCCAGAAGAUGGAGACCAAUGGGACAAGCGUUCAUCAACCUGGCCGCCGCUGUCGGUGCAAUCACAGGGCCGGUGAUUAUGGGUGCUUUGCAGAAGAGGAAUCCAGAAGGAGGCUGGCGCACCUUCUACUGGAUCGAAAUGGGAAUCUGGAUCGCCACCGCUGCUGGCAUAUUUGUAGGAUACAGGCCUUCCGAGAGACAUACCCGUUUGGACCAUCUGUCGUUCCUGCAAAAGCUUGGUCAUUUGGACCUUGUCGGCUUCGUGCUCCUUACACCAGGCUUGAGCUUAUUACUCGUUGGUCUCAACCUUGGAGGAGGCCUGUACGGAUGGACCAAUGCUCGCGUACUCGCCACACUCAUCGCCGGAAUUGUUAUUCUCAUUGGAUUUGGUCUGUACGAGUGGAAGGGCACCAGUACCGGCAUUCUACACCACGAUCUCUUCCGUGGAGGGAAGAACUCUGGCCGAAAUUUCGCGCUUUGUCUGCUCCUGAUGUUCAUCGAGGGAGUCAUGCUCUUCUCUUACAUCAUUUUUUACCCAGUCAUAACCACAACGUUAUUCGAAUCAGACCCCCUUCUUCUUGUCGCUCGUGAGCAGCCGUUCUGGAUCGCUUGUUUGAUCACCAACAUUAUUUUCGGCUAUCUCAGCACUAAAUUCAGGAAGAUCAAGGAAUUUCUGUUCCUAGGGUUCUUGGUUUUCACCGCUGGCAUCGUCGGAAUGGCCACACUCGAGCCAAAUAAGUCGGCCAACCCUGUGAUCUUUUCCGGCCUCGCAGGGUUAGGCUUCGGGUUCUUGAUUGUCUUGAUUGUCACGAGUGUUCAACUGUCCACCCCUCACCAUCUCAUCGCCACCGCGACGGCAGCAACAGUGUCCUUCCGAGCCGUUGGAGCAACAGUUUUCACUGCAAUAUACUCGGCGUCGUUCGGAUCCCGCUUCAAAGUAAAACUUCCAGCGUACAUCGCAGAAGCCGCCUUGAAAGCAGGUCUUCCAUCAAGUUCCAUCAAACCAUUCAUCCAAGCUCUCGCUGCAGGCGACCUGUCGGCUCUCUCCAAUGUUGGUGGCGUCAAUCCCCAAAUCAUCGGAGCUGGUGUUGUUGCUUUGAAGCAAGCAUUUGCUGACUCCAUCAGAGUGCUAUAUAUCAUUGCCGCGCCGUUCGGUAUUGUCGCUUGUAUCGCCUGUCUGUUCUUGGGAGACAUGAAGGAGACGAUGAAUUAUCGGGUCGAUGCACCUCUAGAGAAAAUGAGAGCGAAGAGUCACCGAGAUGAGAAAAUUAAUGGUUCGUCGGAAUGA